ACGUUCUCCCACAGCGUGCUUCCUGUGGUGCGUCACAGCACCGUGCCGAGUAAACCUUUUGCCGACCUGGUCCCAGAGCAGUGCAAAAUACGGGAGCCGAGCGGUUUCGUGCCCAAAAACAACCGUGCCAGGCCAUCUCUUUGUCGUUGUCGUCUGCAUACACCUUCGGACCUUUCGUUGUCGUCCGCUGAAUACGCCGUAGACCUAAUACAUUUGGUCUGCCAUUUGAAGAAUCGUUAGUUUUCUUGCCGACACGGCUCUUGGACAUUUAUAAGGUCGCAGACAUGGCCAUGAUUGCGGCUGGUCUGGUGAUCCUCCUAGGCUGCUUCGUUGCGGGAACGACCAGUGAGCAGACGGAAGCUUCCUCAACGUGCCCCCCGCCCGACCCAAAGUGCGACUGCGCGCCCACUAAAGACGACAACGGAUGCCUGGUCUGCAUGUGUCACGAACGCAUACCACCGGCACAAUGCCCAAAGGUAAAAUGUCCAAUCCAGGUUGAUAACAAGGAAUGUUCCGUGGAGAUACAAGAAGGGUGCCGAGUCUGCAACUGUACUCCAGUCGAUGCAUCCGCCCAAAGUAGCCGGACCGAGCCAAGUUAUGCAGCCAUACACGUCUGACUUUGAAAACAAAGCAUGCUGAUGUUUUGAACAAUGUCUACAGAUAUUCUGCCGAUAUUUUUGUACCAAGAAACGAGUGACACCUGCAGGUCUCCUUAUUCUUUUUUUCUUCUGUUCUCCCUUCAAAGAUAAAUUGGAGCAGGAUUACAGAGUUAAAGACACCCAAUUCGGUAUCAGUCAGCUUUCAGAUAAUCAGCUAGAAGAGUAAGGAGGAAACUCUCACCACCUGAUUUAGCGCUGCUAUUGUGCUUCACGUAAGCAUAUUUGCUAUUUCUGCUUUGUAGGUUGUUUUGAAAUAAGCCCACACCAUAAGCAAAAUAGAAAGGCAAUAGCACCGAGGGGACCCGCACUAUUAAGGACAAAUAAAAUGCGAAUAGGAGAGUAGUAAAUAGAACAAAUUUUUUAGAAGUAAACGCUUGAAUUUGUGAUUUCACACUGCUAUGUACCCAGUCACCAGGAUACGCCCCAACCUAUGUAUAUGAUCCUGAAUCACACUUAAAUUACACGGAUCAGCCAUGAAAGGAAUGAAAGUAUGGAGGAAAAAAAAUAGGAAGGAGCAUCACGUGAUAAAAUUGAAGCCAGGAAAUGUUGGCCCUGCACGUGAUCUCAUCAAGGUAGGUUUUAGUGCGUUUUACCGCCGCACUCGGCUCACACUGUUUAAGACAACGGGUGCAACAGCUAUACGAUGCAACACUAGCUCGUUCCAAUAAUGACAAUAAACGUACAAGUUGCAAUAAACAACCGAAGCUAGCACACUGGGAGGAAAUGUGCACAGAGCUGUUGGCAAAGUACCCAAACAAGUAUGCAUCGAUAAAAACCUACCAGGAGCCAAGCACAGUGGGCUGACUCUGUUGAGCAGAGGGUCAUGUGUUAGGCCUACUUUUGUAGGCAUGGAUGAGAGAAAAAGUGAAGGGGAAUGUUUAUGCAGUGUCGGCUCGUGAACGCUGGUUGAAUGAAAUCAUUCUCCCUCCAGGUUUCCUUCCUCCAAAAGUGAAAGAGUGCGCUCUAGUAACUCAACUUCGCAGGGUUCCUAUGAAAAUCCAUUGGUGGAAUUGGUGGCUUUUU